GGAUAGUGGGAUUCCACUCAAUUUACGUCCAUUUUGGUACAAGACAUCAUAAUUAGUUUGGAUAUAUUUAACACAAAGAAAGAUCAUGCUGUUAACGAUUUGCAUGUGUAUGAUGACUUUGAAUGUCGCCAAUGGAAUAUAUAAAGACCACGAAGUACGAGAACCUCUUCUUCUAACUAAUGAAUCAGAAUACCAAACGGCUAUAGAGUGUAUAUAUCCGGGAGAUAUUUCACUUGCCUUUGUAAGCUUUAAGACUAACGAAAAAAACAUUCUUGUGGACUGUAUGUUUGCUGCACCAACUUGUGUCAUACUCAACGACACAUAUAAAGACAACUUCAGGACACUAUUCACAGGACGUGGUGGCAUUCUUAUUAUUAAGGAGCUUAAUGAGUACACAUAUGGAAACUACAGUUGCUAUGAGAUGUAUAAUAGCAGCAACGUUGCUGUAUCAACAAUCGAAGAGUCGAGCUUAGAUGUAAAAUAUUGCAAGGAUUGCAUUCUAUAUAAAAAUGCCCUUAUAGUAUGUUGCGUGAUCAUCACGGCAAUGUUUCUGGGAGAAGUGAUGCUGUGUAUUAUUCCAAAGCUGAAAAGAACGCUUAUGUGGAAGAGUACUUCCCAGAAGGAAACAGAUAUUCCACUGGAUGAAUCUCCCAGUUGCCAAGAGGUGCUCAUAGACUCGGCGGUUGGCAUGAAUGGUAUGAUUCCAAUAAAUAACCAUAUUAAUUGAAUAAUCAGUCCACGUGUCGCAAAGGAACACAUAUAAACUGUUUACUAUAUAGUAUGUGUUUUAAACCAUGUAAAACUAUCAUGUUUCUUUUAAGAAAGUAGUACUACUAAUUGUUGCAUGUGACGUUGAUGUGUUUCUAAUUGUCAUAAAAACAAUUCCUACUAGGGAGGGGGAUAAAUGGUGUAAUAAUAAAAAAAGGAAAAUUAUUACACCCACUUGAAUAGUUUAAGAAGCGCAUUUGGUUUGUAAUAAAUUCUGUGGAAAGUGAAAGGCAAUCCAAACAAGUUUAAACCCUAAAUGUAAAACAUUCCUGCUUUUACUCGAUGUUCUGUCAUCUAAAGUCGUGGAUAAAAACAACAUUUUUCCCCUGUUAUAAAUGUAUUUAUGGAAGAUUCGGUGUUUGAUAUAUGUUACGUUUUGAAUGGUUUGUUAAGAAUUCAUAAAUGCGAUGCAUACGGAAUGUUUUGGUAUCGCGAUGCAUCUAUGAAACAUGGCUGCUAAACAUGGCAGCUAUUUCGUAAACAACAAGCAACAAAUUACUUAUGUUCAUCCAUGUUUGUUUCAGCAAAAACCGUUUUUUUUGUGUGCGAAGAGUUGAGAUUAUAUUUUACCCGAUAAACUAAAUGUACAAAACGAGGCGAUUCCAUAUUUCUUUUAUAUUUGCAAUAGCCAACAUUUCAACUCUUGCACCUUAGAAGUGCUUCUUAAUUAUAGUUUUGGAUAAAAUGUAUCGACCUGUGUAGG